UCAUGCUCAUCUCCACAUGAAGGGAAGACUCCCUGCGGACAGCAUGGCAUGAGCCCGGAGCCGGCGCGUGAGAGCAAGCGUGGAAGAUGUCGAACCAGAGCGACGGCAACACCAAGCCCCCAUGCUUGCCCCGGAAUGGCCUGGUAAAGCUAGCCAGCCAGCCCAACGGCCUCAGCUCUGCCAGCAUCACCAAAGGGACCCCAGCUGUGAAGAACCGACUUUGCCAGCUGCCCCCUGUGCCUGCCCUCACCAGCCCAGCCUUCCCAGUGCCCACUGAACGACCCCUGCCCAGCCUGGCGUCCCCCCUCUCCUUAGCUGCCUUGGCAGGGGGGCCAUGCCCCUCGUCCGAGCCCCUUGCAGCUGGACUGUCCUCUGGUGAGAACCCCGGCCAGGCUCCUGCCUCUCCCACAGAGAGGCAGCCCCUGGCUGUGGAUGAGAAGAUACUCAAUGGCCUCUUCUGCUACUUCUCAGCCUGUGAGAAGUGCGUGCUGGCCCAGGUGUGCAAAGCCUGGCGGAGGGUGCUCUACCAACCCAAGUUCUGGGUGGGCCUCACCCCGGUCCUGCAUGCCAAGGAGCUGUACAAUGUGCUUCCUGGAGGGGAGAAGGAAUUUGUGAACUUGCAGGGUUUUGCCACUCGUGGCUUUGACGGCUUCUGCCUGGUUGGUGUCUCGGACCUGGACAUUUGUGAAUUCAUUGACAACUACUCCCUGUCAAAGAAAGGUGUCAAGUCCAUGAGCCUCAAGCGGUCUACUAUCACUGAUGCCGGACUGGAGGUAAUGCUAGAGCAGAUGCAAGGGGUAGUUCGCCUGGAGCUGUCUGGUUGCAACGACUUCACAGAGGCAGGAUUGUGGUCCAGCCUCAAUGCCCGAAUCACAUCGUUGAGCGUCAGCGACUGCAUCAAUGUGGCCGAUGAUGCCAUUGCUGCGAUUUCCCAGUUGCUGCCCAACCUGGCUGAGCUGAGCCUGCAAGCGUACCACGUCACGGACACAGCCCUGGCCUACUUCACGGCCAAGCAGGGCUACACCACCCACACCCUGCGGCUGCACUCCUGCUGGGAGAUCACCAACCAUGGCGUGGUCAACAUGGUGCACAGCCUGCCCAACCUGACUUCCCUCAGUCUCUCUGGCUGUUCGAAAGUCACAGAUGAUGGGGUGGAGCUUGUGGCCGAGAACCUACGAAAGCUCCGCAGCCUCGACCUGUCCUGGUGCCCCCGGAUUACUGACAUGGCCCUAGAGUAUAUUGCUUGUGACCUGCACAAACUCGAGGAGCUGGUGCUCGACAGGUGUGUUCGAAUCACAGACACUGGGCUCAGCUACCUGUCCACCAUGUCUUCACUCCGAAGCCUCUACCUACGAUGGUGCUGUCAGGUGCAGGACUUUGGGCUGAAACACCUCUUGGCCAUGAGGAGUUUGCGCCUCCUCUCUCUCGCAGGCUGUCCCCUGCUGACCACCACGGGGCUCUCUGGCCUGGUGCAGUUGCAGGAACUGGAAGAGCUGGAACUGACCAACUGCCCUGGAGCCACCCCCGAGCUCUUCAAGUAUUUCUCCCAGCACCUACCCCGAUGCCUGGUCAUAGAGUAGGGGCCAGGCUGGGUUUGGCCCCAUCCACCUUGGGACUUGACCCCUCUUGCCCCACUCCGCUUCUUCCCUUCUUCAUUCAGUUUCAUUGUCCCACAGGGACCUGGGUCAUACUCCACACAGGACCUCAGAGUCCUAGGGACCCAGCCUAGCUCUUCCCCCACUCCCCCAUUGCUCUGCCCUCACCAUCCUCUGCGUCAAUUUGCCAACUAACUCAAGCCAGGAAUAGCUAAGGGGGGAAAGGGGGAGGGCAGGUGGCUACCCUGGUCCAGGCCAGCAGAAGGAGUGAUAAUGGGGAGGUAUGGACAUUGAUCCUUCCUCUUAACUAGGCUAAGAAGGCUGGGCAGUCACAGGAGCUGGGGCCCUGCUUCCCACAUUCACACAUCGCUACCCGGAUGCUCAGGAGCAAUUUGAUCAUCCCCCUACGGCCUUCCUACUCCUAAUGCUCUCAGCUACUUCUGUCCCUACAUACCUGGGGUAGGACAGAGGCAGCUUUGGGAUACUGUCCUAUGUGGUAGUACAGCAUCUAUCCUUAGUGGUCCUAGAGAAUCAUAGGAUCACAAUUUAGAGCAGGAAGGAGAAGAUUCCUGCUUUUGAACCUACACGUGUACACACACACACACACACACACACACACACACACACACACACACACACACACACACCACAAUCCAGGCUCAGACUCAUCAGUUUUCUUUAGACCCAAAUUCUGACAGCAGCCUUGAGGCUCAUACCCAGGGCCCUUUUCAACUCUUCUCCCAGUUUAAACACUCCCCUAAAACAUACACACACACACACACACACACACACACACCCCAUAUACCCUGAAGCCUCAGGCCUUCCAGCUAAACCAGCGGGUGUUGGGCAUGGUACCAUUUGUCAUGGAGGGCUGCUGGACAGAGCCUAUCCCCAGGACCCCUCAGGGGUUGAUAAAAGGAAGAAAUUGGGGAUAGAUUAGGACAGAGGCUCUGAGUUCCUAGAGUAGGGAAGGCAUAAUACCCUGGGGGAAGUGGGGUGAGAGAAAUGACCACCCACUUUCUGUAUCCUCUAUCCAGAAUGCUGUUUCCCAAGUGGUAGGCUCAUCCUGUCCUUCAGAGAGAAGGAACCCUUCCCCUUCUUAGA